AUGUUGUCCCGAACUGUUGCGACUCAGUCGUCGAGGAUCGUGUCCCGGUCGAUUCUUUCAUCCGCGGCCGUGCUGGCGACUCGACCCCUUUCGACCUCGGUCGCUCCGAUGAGCCAGGCCACUUGGCUCAACGACCCUUCGACCAAAUACUUGCAAGUGUUUUCCACUCGGCACGUUUCGGACAGCGCCCUGUGAUUGUAUCGUGCACGGCGCUCUUCCGCAUCCCCGGCUGAAAUCCCCGGCGGCCACACCAACGUGUUCCUUCCGCUCAAAAAAAAAAAGACUCGACCCAGAGCUGACCCCACUUCGCCACGUGCCACCCCCCCCCCCCCCCCCCCCCCCGCCAAAACAGGCCCUUCAAAUCCGUCGACUUGCCGAACCGAACAUGGCCCAGCAAGCGCAUCACCAAGGCACCGCGAUGGGCCUCGUCCGAUCUCCGUGAUGGGAACCAGGUCAGUGUGUCCGCUUCGGGCAGGCAGCAAGCGUACGACUCAAAACACCGUCGAGUUCCACCCACUGAUCCGACCUUUCCCCCGUCCCCUAAACAGGCCCUGGUCAACCCGAUGACGAUCGACCAAAAGAACCGCUUCUUCAAGCUCUUGCUCGAGUGCGGUUUCAAGGAGAUCGAGGCAGGCUUCCCUUCCGCGUCCGAGACCGAGUUCCAGUUCAUCCGAGGCUUGAUCGAGAAGGAUGAAUUGCCCGAUGAUGUUUGGCUCCAGGUACGUCUCUUUAUCAAUCGCUCACCGUACUUUGUCCCAGCCCUGGCCUCGUCUUUUGUCCACUCUCUGACGUGCUGGGCCCUACGCCUUCGUCUUCUCCCACUUGCGCCCGAUACCUCCGCGCCUCUCCGCGCCUCUCCGCGCCUCCUCCCUCCCCAGGUGCUCACACCAGCUCGUGAAGAGCUGAUCCGGCGCACGGUCGAAUCCCUGCGCGACGCCAAAAAGGCGAUUCUGCACAUGUACAACGCCGCCGCGCCCAUGUUCCGCGACCAAGUCUUCCAAAACACCAAAGAGCAGACCGUCGUGCUCGCGGUCAAGCACGUCAAGCUCGUACGCCAACUCGUCGACGAGGCCAUUGCCCGUGGUGAUCGUACCGAAUGGCAAUUCGAGUACUCGCCCGAAGCCUUCUCGCAGACCGAACCUGAAUUCGCGGUCGAGCUGUGCAACGCCGUUCAAGACGCUUGGUUCGCCGGCAAGGACAAGAAGUCCGAAUUGCCCAUCAUCUUCAACUUGCCCGCGACGGUCGAGGUCGCGACGCCGAACCAUUACGCCGAUCAGAUCGAGUACUUUUGCACCCACGUCAAGGACCGCGACUGCUGCAUCAUCUCGCUCCAUACUCACAACGAUCGUGGAACGGGUGUCGCCGCAUCUGAACUCGGUUUGAUGGCCGGUGCGGAUCGGGUCGAGGGUUGCUUAUUCGGGAAUGGUGAACGUACCGGUAACGUUGAUCUCGUCACGAUGGCGAUGAACCUCUACACCCAAGGGAUCAACCCCGAACUCAACUUUUCCGACCUCGAACGCGUGAUCGACACCGUUACCAAAUGCAACGACAUCCCCGUUCACCCUCGUGCUCCUUGGGCAGGUGAGCUCGUCUUUACCGCCUUCUCCGGAUCGCACCAAGACGCCAUCAAGAAGGGGUUCGGAAUCCGCAAGAAGGAACAAGGCGCCAAACCCUGGGCGAUCCCUUACCUGCCCGUCGACCCCGCCGACAUCGGCAUGACGUACGAAGCCGUCAUCCGCGUCAACUCUCAAUCCGGUAAAGGUGGUGUCGCUUACCUCGUCCAACGAAGUCUCCAACUCGACCUCCCCAAACGCAUGCAACCCGCUUUCUACCAAGUCAUCCAAGCCCUUUCCGAACGAACGUCCAAGGAGAUCACACCCGAGGAUAUUGAGAAAUCGUUCCGUUCCGCUUACUACCUCGGACCGGAAUACAACGGUCGAUUCACCCUCGUGGAUUACAAUUUCGCGGGAGAGAAGGACAAGAAGACGUUCGAAGGAGUGCUCAAUUACGAUGGCAAGGAUCAAACCGUUCGAGGAUCGGGGAACGGUCCGGUGUCGAGCUUGAUGGAUGCGCUCAACUCUUCGACGGACCUCAAGCUGAACCUCAAGGAAUACUCGGAACAUGCCAUCGGUAUAGGUCAAGAUACCAAGGCUGCUGCCUACGUUGAGUUGAUCGAUGGAAGGGGCAGGGCCUGCUGGGGUGUCGGGAUCGACGUCGAUGUCACGGCUGCGUCCCUCAAGGCCGUCUUGUCUGCCGCUAGUAACGCCAGUGUUUCGGCCGAGGAGAGGAUCAAGGAGAUCGAGAACAUCGUCGUUGGGGAACGGUAUGGUGGGAUUUGA